GAAGACAUGGUGUGGGCGUGUGAUUUUAGAGCGGCGCCACGUGUGGUGAUGAUAGGCGCAUGUUGAGCGAGCGUAAUGUUCACGGGAGCUUGGAUAGGGAGAACCCCGUCAAAGAGCACGUGUCCGAGGGUGUCGCUCUAACGGAGCGAGCCGCCGCGCUCGGGCAAUGGAGCUCUCCUGCACCACCACGACACGUGUCCGGUUCCGUGGCAGAUGCAGCCAGAUGGAUCCCGCCGCUCUCUCUCCGCCUCUCGCGUCGCGACGCCUAUAAAUAAAUUCUAUCUCAUCCCGCACUCUUUCGGAGGAGGAUUCAGGGAGGGGCGCAAGAGAGAGAGAGGGAGGGAGGAAGAAAGGUAGGAAGAUUAGAAAGAAAGGAGGAAAAAGAGAAGAAGAGAAGGGCGCACGGGAGAAGCUCUGGAUCCAGCCUAACUUUCUCCUCAGGGAUCCAUCGUUCUCUGGGGUCUGUCCUUGGCCCUACCGCACGAGAGAUAUAUCAGUAUCGUGGUGGAUUCUCCGAUCCGCAUGGCACUUCAGAGAACAGAGAAGAGAGGGAUGGAAGGAGGAGGGGCGUCGUACGGGCCUUACUUCGACCCCGAUUACGAUUCCCUCAUCGAGCGGAUCCAUCCUCCCAGAGUCUGUGUCGAUAACGAGACGUGUGAAGACUGCACCCUUGUAAAGGUGGACAGCGCCAACAGGCAUGGGAUACUGCUGGACAUGGUACAGGUCCUCAGCGAGCUCGACCUCGUCAUCUCCAAAUCCUACAUCUCAUCCGACGGUGGAUGGCUUAUGGAUGUGUUCCACGUGACGGACCACCUCGGCAGGAAACUCGCAGAACCCACCCUCAUCCGCUACAUCCAGAAGUCGCUGGUGGUGGAGCGGAGCGGAGCGGGCCCCGGGGAGGUGCGGACGUGCUUGGGGAAAUUGGUGGGCCCCGGCCACCGGCUGGCCUCGGAGCACACCGCGCUCGAGCUGACCGCCGCCGACCGGCCGGGCCUCCUAUCGGAGAUCUCGGCCGUCGUCACUGCGCUCGCCUGCUACGUGGUCGCCGUCCACGUCUGGACCCACAAACAGCGCGCCGCUUGCAUCGCCUACGUCGCCGACCGGUCCACCGGCCGGGCCAUCACCGACGCGGCCCGCCUGGCCCACAUCCAGGACCAGGUCGACAGCGUCGUGUGGGCCCACCAGGGCCCCUGCGAGCGCCGCUGGGUGCGGGUGUUCGGCCCCUUCCCCGGCCGCGUCCACACCGAGCGCCGUCUCCACCAGCUGAUGCGCGAGGACCGCGACUACGAGGCCGGCCCGCCCCCGCCGCCGGCCGAAGCGGACCAGUUCGCGGCGGCCAACAUCGAGGUCAGGAGGAAUGGGUGGCUGCCCUCAUCGUCGAUGGGGAUGGAGACGAGGGUGUCCAUCGACAGCUGGAUGGAGAGAGGGUACUCGGUGGUGAAUGUCAGGAGCCGGGAUCGCCCCAAGCUCCUAUUCGACACGGUCUGCACCCUCACCGACAUGCAGUACCUCGUCUUCCAUGCCGCCGUCAGCUCCCACGGGCCUCUCGCCCUACAGGAGUACUAUAUCCGGCACAUGGACGGGUGCACCAUUUUGGAUACAGAGAGCGAGCGGCAGAGGGUCACCCGGUGCUUGGUGGCUGCCGUGGAACGGAGGGUCUCUCACGGAUUGAGGCUGGAUUUGUGCACGAGGAACCGGCCGGGGCUGCUAUCUGAUGUCACCCGGGUGCUCCGAGAGAACGGCCUCUCGCUGACGAGGGCGGAGUGUGCGACACGAGGGGAGACGGCAGUGGGGACGUUCUACGUCACAGACGCCUAUGGGGGCGGGGUGGACCCGGAGAGGAUGGUGGCCGUGAGGAGAGAGAUCGGUGGGAGUGUCAGCCUGGAGAUCAAGGAGAAUCCAGGAUGGCCGCCUAUCAAGAAGAGCAAGGAUCCGUCGCCAAAAAGAAGAAACAGGAGUCUGGAGGAAGACCGCCCCAAGGUUUCCCUGGGUAGCCUACUAUGGUCGCGCAUCGAGCGACUCUCGAGCAACUUUGGGUCCAUCAGAUCAUGAGAUGGGAACCCGCAUUGUAGCGUGUGCAGAAGAUAAAUAGGACGGAGGCUACUACUGCUGGCUCUUUCGAUUGCAGUGCAGGUCUGUGAAUAUGUUAUUUAAUAUAAGAAUUGGGAUUUAGUUUGUACAAAUUGGAAAACAUUACUCUCCU